CAGGAGGGGUUCGCGUGCAGCGAAACCGCGACAUUUCAGCCUCUUUGUGCAAAAUAAAUAAAUAGAAAUUAAAUAUAAACUUCGUUUUUUUUUUACACUGCACGUCGAUAUUGAAGAUUUUUCACUCGGACAAGGAAGCGCUGGAAGACGUUGAUCUCGGAGGAGAGGCAGUCGUGUGUCCAGGCGCAGUCGGAAGCUGACCGCCAGCCGUGUCAGAAGCCCCCGCAGCAGCCACCAUGCCCGAGGCGACCGCCACCGCAGCUGCGCCAGCCCCAGCCCCUCCUGCUGCUGCUCCUCCUGCUGCUGCAGCUCCUCCUGCUGCAGAGGCACCUGCCCUGGAGCGCACAGACACCCCUGGGUCCACUGAUGGCUCCAAGCCGCUUGCCCUGCAGAGGACGGACACUCCCGACAUGACGGAGCCCACGACGGGACCUCACGUGGAGGAGAACAAACCCAGCACGGGCAUCUUCCUCGAGGUGCCCAAGACGGGCAGCGUGGCCGUGGGAGCCGACACCCUCUUCGUGGCCAAGGUGUCUGGAGAAGGAGUCGGGAAGAAGCCGGUGGUGAAGUGGUUCAAGGGGAAGUGGCUGGACCUGGCGAGCAAGGCCGGGAAGCACCUCCAGUUCAAGGAGAACUACGACAGGAACACAAAGAUCUACUCGUACGAGAUGAGAAUCAUCAAGGCCAAGGAGAGCUACGCGGGCAGCUACCGCUGCGAGGUGUCGGUGCGCGACAAAGCCGACACCGCCUACUUCGACCUCACCGUGGAAGCUCCUGCCGAGUCCGCCAUGGAUCUGAGAGCCGCGUUCAGAAGAUCGAGCGGCGGAGAGGAUGCGGGCGAGCUGGAUUUCAGUGGCCUACUGAAGAAAGGGAAGGCGAAGGGUCCCGAGCAGCAGGAGCCCGACGUGGACGUGUGGGAACUGCUGAAGAACGCGAAGCCAUCGGAGUUCGAGAAGAUCGCCUUCCAGUAUGGCAUCACCGACCUGCGCGGCCUCCUGCGGCGCCUCAAGCGGAUGAAGCGCGAGGUGCAGAAGAGCCCAGGUGCGGUGCACGGUGCCAACGAUAUCAAGAGACAAUAACAGCAGCCAUGAUUA